CGUCUAGCGACUUGGCUGGAACUGUCUGUGGAACCUGUUUUACAAACUCUGGCACCAGUUGCCUAGCAGUGGCAACAGGGAGCAAGUCGGUUCAACUGUGUCUGUGGUGAGCAGGUGGCUUGCCCUGCUUCCCGCCGGACAACGAUCGAAUUCUACCGGUUGAGCUGCGGGGGUGCUCCUGACAGCCGGGAUGACCACCCUCACCCACAGAGGCAAGCGUGUGGAGACGUCCACGGCGGUGGUGGAGAGUCGAGACCCAGAUGAGGACGAGGCCCUGACCGAAGCAGACCCGGAUGAGGAGAAUGACUACGACUCCAAAGCCCUGCGCCUCACUCUUAUGGAGGAAAUCCUGCUGCUGGGACUCAAAGACAAGGAGGGCUACACGUCUUUCUGGAACGACAGCAUCUCAUCGGGGCUGCGGGGAGGCAUCAUGAUCGAGCUGGCCAUUAGGGGGCGCAUUUACCUGGAGCCAGCCACCAUGAGGAAGAGGAGACUCCUGGACCGCAAGGUGCUGGUGCGGUCGGACGCCCCCACUGGUGACGUGCUGCUGGACGAGGCACUGAAGCACAUAAAGGCUACCAAGCCCGCAGAGGACGUGUGCAGCUGGAUACAGCUACUCACCGGAGAGACGUGGAACCCCAUGCGCAUGCACUUCCAGAUGCGCAACGUGCGCGAGCGCCUGGCCAAGAACCUGGUGGAGAAGGGCGUGCUGACCACCGAGAAGCAGAACUUCCUGCUCUUCGACAUGACCACGCACCCGCUCAACAGCAGCAGCGGCCAGAAGGAGGCGCUGGUCUCCCGGCUGCAGGAGAGCCUGCUGGAGCGCUGGACGGGCGAGCCCCACCGGCUGCGGCGCCGCACGCUUGCCCUGCUGGUGCUGGCCCACGCCUCCGACGUGCUGGAGGCCACGCUGGGCUCGCUGUCGGACGAGCGCUACGAGACGGCCGUCACGCGCUCGCAGGCCGUGCUGGAGGCCGAGCCGGACACGCAGGCCUGCAAGACGGCCGCGCCCGCCGACGAGAUGAUCUGGGCCGUGCUCGCCGCCUCCAAUGUCUGA